AUGGUUAAUUACGAUGAAGGGGGAUGGGAGGGAAGGACCGAUAUAUCCCGGGACAGACGAGAUAACAGUUUCGUCGACGAUUUCUCUAUCGACCUUGUAGAAACUAUCAGAGUUGGGGGAGAUGAUUCACAAGUUCAAGAGGAAAUGGGAGAAAGCAAGAUGGCCGCUGGAUUUGUUGAGGAGAAGGCUAUGAGUAGACUUGAUGUUGAGGAGAAUGAGCUACUUCCUGUCCUGGUUGCACCGGAGGAGAGGAGUCCAGCUUCAGCAGAUCCUAGUAAUACAUAUUUACAGGUUGGGAACUGGAUUGCACAAUGGGAUGCUCAGUACUCAGCUUGGUACUACUACAACACGGAAACAAGAAUUUCAACCUGGGACAAACCUGAUGAUUUGAAGGGAUUAGAUUUCAAGGAUCCUCUUCCUGAUAAAGAUCCAAUCCUAGAUGAAAUCUUCUCUGAUAAUUCUAUUCGAGAAGAGAGAGACAAGGGCACUAGUCACUUCCCUCCAUUAAACGGAGCUUCAACCAAUCACCAUCACGCUCACUCCGCUGCAGCCAAUCAGCACUCACAUUCUGCUCAUGCGCAUGAAACACCGAAUGCCGCAACAUCUAGUGUUGAUACUUAUGGAUCUCCUCAAGCAGGUGCCAUUGAUGAAUAUGGGUCACCGCAAGCUGCUCCAGUUAGCAACUACAGCCCUCCAUCCUACAAUGUUCCAUCCUACAAUGCCCCAUCCUACAAUGCUCCAUCCUACAAUGCUCCAUCCUACAAUGCUCCAUCUUACAAUCCUCCAUCUUACAAUGCCCCGUCAUACAAUUGCAAAGGGCAGGAGUAUAGAGCAGCUGAUUAA